AUGCCCUCGCCCGGCGCUCUCAACAACACCACCGCUCCCCACUACUCUUCAUCAGGGUCGUCGUCCAAUACCAUGGGCGGCGCAGGUGGCGCAGGAGGCAGCGGCUUCUCGCCUCACUGGCAGCAGCAGCUACUCAAGGCAGAGAUCUCACGCCAAUCCACAUCCGCUCACCACCACGCAAGAGCAGCAGCUCUCGCAGCGAGGAGUGCAACGAGCGCCGCGAUUGCCAUUCAGGACCCUAACAAGGGCGCCAUGCAUAUACCGCAGACGGCGGCCAAUGGUCUCACGCUGAGCAGCAAGAAGGAGGCGCAGUCUGAUGAUACAGCAGCAGGCCCAGACGGUACGGACGUCAAUGGGUCAGGAAAAGCUUCGACGUCGGGCGGCGACGAGGGCGAGCAGUCCUGGACGACGAUCGAUAUGGGAGGGCUCAGUCUGCGCAAUUUGGCUCCGGAGCUCUACCGCUACGACUUCCUGACUUCCCUAUUCAUCAACCACAACAACCUCACUACGCUCAGCCCGGACAUUGCGCAGCUGAAGAAGUUGACGAUUCUCGAUGCGAGCGGCAACAAUCUCGUCAGCUUGCCGUCGGAGAUGGGCAUGCUCACGGGACUCAAGGAGCUGUACUUGUUUGACAACAAGCUGUCGAUGCUUCCACCAGAACUGGGCAUGCUCUUCAACCUGGACAUGCUGGGGAUCGAAGGCAACCCAAUGGCAGACAACAUCCGCUCCCUAGCGCAGCGUGAUGGCACGCAAGCCGUCAUCGCCUUCCUGCGCGACUCGUGCCCAGUUCCCCUUCCCCCACCGGAGCGCGAGUGGAUCUCCAUCGAGCCCGAUCUCCCUCCAUCUCUGGGCGAUGACUCGGCCCCAACGGAGACAUUCAACGCCCUCUCGUACAAUGUCCUCGGGGAGCACUAUGCCACGCAAUCCAUGUACGGCUACACGCCUAGCUGGGCCCUCGCCUGGGAGUACCGCAAGGAGUUUAUCCUCCAAGAGGUCAUGUCCUACGGCGCGGACAUCUGCUGUUUGCAGGAGGUUGUCGCAGAGCAGUACGAGGAGUACUUCCUGCAUCAUCUUUCCCAGCAGGAGUACGAGGGCGUCUUCUGGCCCAAAUCGCGCUCAAAAACCAUGCGAGACGACGAACGACGCCGAGUCGAUGGAUGCGCGACGUUCUACAAGACGAGCAAGUUCACUCUCAUUGAGAAGCAGCUGGUCGAGUUCAACCAGAUUGCGCUGCAGAGACCCGACUUCAAGAAGACGGAAGACAUGUUCAACCGCGUCAUGACGAAGGACAACAUUGCUGUGGUCACCCUCCUAGAGAACAAGGAGAGCGGGUCACGCCUCAUCGUGGUGAAUGUGCAUAUCCACUGGGACCCAGUCUUCCGCGACGUCAAAUUGGUUCAAGUAGCGAUGCUCAUGGACGAGCUGGACAAGAUUGCUGAGCGAUUCGCCAAGUUCCCUCCGAAGCUCAAUGUGGCGGAAGGCUUCCCUCCGGCGCCCAAGUACACGAGCGGGACGCAGAUCCCGACCAUGAUCUGUGGCGACUUCAACUCUGAGCCCUCCUCGGGAGUCUACGACUACAUGUCCUCCGGCUCCCUCUCUGGGUCGCACGAAGACUUCAUGAACCACACCUACGGCCGCUACACGGCUGACGGUAUGACGCAUCGCUUCCCGCUCAAGUCGGCCUACGCCAAUAUCGGCGAGCUGCCCUUCACCAACUACACGCCCAACUUCGAAGGCAUCAUCGACUAUGUCUGGUACAACCAGAAUGCGCUUGCCGUCACUGGGUUGCUGGGAGAGGUCGAACGCGGCUACUUGAGCAAAGUGGUAGGCUUCCCAAAUGCUCAUUUCCCGUCGGAUCAUAUUUGUAUACUGAGCGAGUUCAGGGUUAAGCACCCGAGGGCGGAUGGGGGCAGUACGGCGCCGACGCCGAGAAGGGUUGACUUUGGAAGCAGUAGUAGUGGGAGGCGGUAA